AUGGCUUUCCUUUUCAUCAUUCUCGCUGUGUCUGCAGCGGCUGCCGGUCUGGUAUAUAUCUACCUCUUUGUCGGCAGGAGAGGUCGCCACUACCCUGAUGGCCCGCCUACUUUGCCGCUGAUUGGGAAUCUUCAUCAGCUCCCUCGAAAAGGGGCACACUUCAAGUUUACUGAGCUUGCCAAAACCUACGGUGGCAUGUUUUCACUCAAACUUGGGACCGGCACCGCGGUUGUCCUCACCGAUCGCCGCAUAAUUAGGGAGCUAUUGGACAAAAAGAGCUCGAUUUCCAGCAACCGGCCGGUAUCGUUUGUGUCACAGAACAUUAUCACAGGCGGUGACCACCUCCUGGUCAUGGACUAUGGGGCUAGGUGGAGGGCAUUCAGAAAGCUGAUUCACCAAGAGUUCAUGGAAUCCAUGUGUGAGAAAAAUCAUAUCAAGCUUCAGAAUGCCGAAUCGGUUCAGAUGCUACGAGAUUUCCUCAUUUCUCCUGAGAAUCACAUGCUGCACCCCAAGAGGUUUAGCAACAGUGUCAUCAUGUCCAUACUCUUUGGCAUUCGGACUCCAUCUUACGAUACUCCUCACAUGACAAAGUUAUACGACCUGAUGGAAAGCUGGUCCAAAGUCAUGGAGACCGGUGCCACUCCACCAGUGGAUUUCUACCCAUUUCUAAGGUGGAUUCCAGAACAAUUCCUCGGAAAUUGGGUCCGUCGAUCAGUGCAUGUCCGGGACGAGAUGAACGCGUUAUAUAGCCAGGUUAUUUCCAGUGUGGUCAAACGCCGGGAAGUGUCAGGCAGCAAAGACUCCUUCAUCGACAAAAUCCUAGAUAAGCAGGACAAGCUCGGGAUGACCAUGCACGAGGUCUACUUCCUCGGGGGUGUCGCGAUGGAAGGAGGCUCCGACACGUCGUCUGCCGUCAUCACUUCCUGCAUCCAGGCACUCACAAAAUGGCCACACAUCCAGAAGAAAGCGCAGCAGGAAAUCGAUGCCGUCGUUAGCGAGGACAGAAGCCCGGUUUGGUCCGACUACGCUAAGCUACCAUAUGUGAAUGCGAUAGUCAAGGAAGCGAUGAGAUGGAGGCCUGUUACACCGCUCAGUUUCCCUCACUGUCUUGCUGAAGACGAAUGGGUCGACAGCAAAUUCCUGCCCAAGGGCACCAUCGUCAUAAUCAACGUGUGGGGAUUACACCAUGACGAGACGAAAUUUCCCAACCACGACAUCUUCGACCCAGAUCAUUAUGCGGGUCGCACAUUACUGGCAUCCGAGUACGCGGCCUCAGCCGAUUACGAGAGCCGCGACCACUAUGCCUACGGGGCCGGGCGUCGUCUGUGCCCCGGCAUCCACCUUGCCGAGCGGAACCUCUUCCAGGCGAUUUCCAAGCUACUUUGGGCGUUCAAUUUCGAGAGAGGGGAGGACGAGGCUGGCGGGCCAGUCGAACCAGACACAGAUCCCAUCACGGGCUAUAGUGAGGGGUUUCUUGUUUGUGCAAAACAUUUUCCUUGCAAGAUUACGGUCAGGUCGGAAAUGAGGAGGGAGACGAUCAUGAGAGAGUUUCAGCGAGCCCAAGAGGAGGUUUUCCACAAGUACGAAGAUUAG